AAAAAGAUAUCUCGUGUCAAUUCGAGAGAGAAAACAUAACCUAGAAAAAAAUCCAUUUCGGCGAGUUCGGCAAAUUGAUCAGAAAAAUUGUGGAAAACAGUGAAAAAUUCCCGAAAAUCCUUACAAAGAACCAAGACACGGAGGUGAAGCAAUGGCAGCACAGCUCUUCAAUAGGGUCGGGCAGAUUGGGCUAGGAGUAGCAUUGGUGGGUGGUGUGGUCAACUCAGCCCUGUACAAUGUUGAUGGUGGGCACAGAGCGGUAAUUUUUGACAGAUUCACGGGAAUAAAGCCCGGUGUAGUUGGCGAAGGGACGCAUUUCUUCAUUCCUUGGGUGCAACGACCAAUUAUCUUUGACAUCCGUUCCCAACCACGCAACAUCCCCGUCGUGACGGGUAGCAAAGAUCUCCAGAAUGUCAGCAUCACCCUCAGGAUCCUGUUUCGACCACUUCCGGAUCAAUUGCCAAAAAUCUACACGAUCCUGGGGACGGAUUACGACGAGAGGGUACUCCCGUCCAUCACGACGGAAGUUUUGAAGGCCGUCGUGGCGCAAUUUGAUGCCGGUGAGUUGAUUACGCAACGAGAAAUGGUCUCGCAGAAGGUUAGCGAGGAUCUGGUGCAGCGUGCCUCGCAAUUUGGUGUCAUCCUCGAUGAUAUUUCCAUCACACAUCUCACCUUUGGGAAGGAAUUCACGCAGGCCGUUGAGAUGAAGCAGGUGGCACAGCAGGAAGCGGAAAAGGCGCGUUUCCUCGUCGAGAAGGCGGAACAGCAGAAGAAGGCGACGGUUAUCUCUGCCGAGGGAGAUGCACAAGCUGCUGAACUUUUGGCCAAAUCUCUGGCACAGGCUGGUGAUGGUCUUGUGGAAUUGCGAAGAAUUGAAGCAGCUGAGGACAUUGCCUAUCAAUUGUCCCGCGCCCGUGGCGUCACCUACCUCCCACCUGGGCAGAAUCUUCUACUCAAUCUGCCCACGCAGUAAAUUUCUCUUCUUUAAUUUCAAAAGAAAAAUCAGCAUUUAGUGCAUUUGCUUAGUGUUGGAUGGAAAAGGAAAAGUUGCUGAUUUGUUCUCAAUUAAGCUUCCUUUUCUGCAAGAAAAUGAUUAAAUAAUAUUUUUUAUUCAAAAAAAA